CUACUACAACCCGGAUUCUCAGUCGCUGACCAGUCUGCGUGUUGUGUGAAACAAUUUUUGUCUUCCUGCGAUCCUCCUCCCAUCGUCGGUUCAACGAGCGGCCUACCACAUUCUACCAUGGACAACUUGAAAAAUCUCUUCGGGCAAGUGUCAGCAAUGACGUCAAUGAAGUCAUCGACGGCGAGCCCCUCGGUGUCGUCGCUGUCCGGUGGCAGCGGAGGCAAUCGGUCCGGUUCCGGGGGCCCGUGCUCCGCCGCUGCUUCCAGUGGCCCGAUGAGAGGCCAUAAAACGGCCGAUCGGGACAGUUACUACUACAUCAUGUGGCGUUCCUAGGUGCGGAACGGAUUCAGCUUUACUCCAGUCCCUCUCAGCUUCCAAGCCACUAGUGCCGAGCUUAAUUUUUCCCGACCUUUCGUUCGAGUACAUAUUCGUAUUUUUAAUCAUCCUCGGAGGACUGAGAAAGGAGGACAAGGGAUCAAAGCGCACCUAAGCCUCCAGAGCCACCUAUACAUACACAGCCACAUAUUCACACAUCCUCGAGGAUACGCUGCAAUAAUAAAGAUGAUGCUGUCACUGAUCGGUGCCAACACGCUCUGGAUGAUGGUGAUCUGGGCCGGUUUGAUGCUGGUCUUCAGUCCGGUCUUGUUCGUGGUGAGCGUAUGCCUUCCGGAGCUGCCCUUGCUGCUCAUCAGACGCCUACAUUACAUCCCGUUCGAUUCCGUUUGAGUACCGCCCCAAAUGGCCCCCGGGGAAAAGGAGGGAGUAGGUAAACGAAAGAUGUAAACCUAGUGCUGUGUAUAGGAAAGGGAAAGAAGGUUGCAGAAUUGGGGGAUGGGAGCACAUAGUUUCCCUCUGGGGGAAAGAAGCUUCAUCCGGCUCGCCGGAAAAUUUGGGACAAAACUCCUCAGAGACUGCUUAUUUAUUCUAGUGAGACAAUACAAAGACAAGUAAAUUAGUUUAUCGAUAGCGUUGGACCGAGUAGUGGCAGAAGAAGUUGGCGUGCAGGAGCUAGGAUGCCCCGAUAGCACAAACGAAGGUAUAGAUGUGUAAUCGGUCGUAGAUCACUCCACUUGUCCCCGGAGGCCAUUAGCGUAAUUGGAGCCAUCGUUUGAGGUGUCAUGUGAUUAUCUUACCGCCGUUUUAUUCCUCUCAACUCAUUACUGCAUCUAGUGAUUGCUAGUGGUUUGAUUUCGAAGCGUUCCCUCCAGAAACGAUCGUUCGAUUGAUGAUGAAUGGGUAGACGAUUCGGAACGGAAACCAGGAAAUUCCGAUGAUUCGUUCUAUAUUAGAAAGCGUCAACAUGCUGCAGCUCAGUGCCUUAAAAGAGAGCAUAUUUUCGUGGUACAGUGAACAAUGAUGAUAUUUUGAUAACUCUUUUUUGUACAUUUUUAGCCAUAAGUAUUACAUGGGAGUGAAUAAAAGAAGAAUGUUUAUACCUCUUUUAACGUAAAA